AUGCUCGAAGACCAAGAACCUACCUCCCUUUCAGUCAAGGAAUCCUCUCGCGAACCCUCAGCAGCCACGCCUGCAAUUGUAUCUGACAACCCCCUGGACGCACCUGAUGGACCCCGACCGGAGAACGAGGAUGCAGACGCCCAGGAUGACGAGGAGAUGACCGGCAUCGAAGAUUCUGCAAAGAAGGAGAGCCCGACAGAACACCCCGAAGCAGUAGAUGGUGCCUUUGAUGGCCAGACCAAGAGCGCCCUCGAGACCUCUGCACGGUCGCACCUCAUCGCUCAAACCCACGCAAUUAUUCUGCCCAGCUACAGCACCUGGUUCGACAUGCACGUAAUCCACAAGCUCGAGAAGAAGGCCCUCCCAGAGUUCUUCAACGCUCGGAAUCGAAGCAAGACGCCGGCGGUUUACAAGGACUACAGGGACUUUAUGGUUAACACUUAUCGCUUGAACCCAGCGGAGUAUUUGACGGUCACCGCAUGCAGGCGCAAUCUUGCUGGUGAUGUGUGCGCCAUCAUGCGCGUUCAUGCGUUCUUAGAACAAUGGGGCUUGAUCAACUACCAGGUUGACCCAGACACGAGACCAUCAAACAUCGGUCCCCCGUUUACCGGCCACUUCAGAAUCACCGCAGAUACCCCGAGAGGCCUACAAGCCCAUCAACCCGCACCAGGAUCCAUUACCACCACAGGAAAACCACACCUCACAACCGAACGGUUAGCAAGUGCCGCUCCGCUUUCGAAAUCAGACCUGAAUCUCGAAAUCCGACGAAACAUCUACGAGUCGAAUGGUAAGGAAGCUACACCUGGAGAAUCAAAGGAUAAGCCAUCGAACGGAGAGGGUGCAGCGAAUGGUUCCGCUGAUACUAAGGUUCUUGAAGAUGCCCUGAAAGAGCCUAGCAAGCAAUUUUUCUGCUAUUCCUGCGGUAUGGACUGCACCCGCUUCCGCUACCAUAACUCGAAGUCUGCGCCUCAUUCCGCCCAGGGUAAGACUGCUGCUAUGGUCAAGCACGACCUUUGCCCGACGUGCUUUCUCGAUGGUCACUUCCCAGCGUCGAGCAAAGCAUCGGAAUACACCAAGAUCGAGAACGAGAAAUACCGAGCAUAUCCGGAUAGAGACGCACCAUGGACGGACGCAGAGACAUUACUAUUGUUGGAGGGACUGGAGCUCUUCGACGAGGACUGGAACAGUGUUUCGGACCACGUUGGCACGCGCACGAGGGAAGAGUGCAUGAUGAAGUUCUUGCAACUGGAAAUCGUGGAUCCAUAUCUGGAGGCUGAUGUAGCCCAAUCCGACGCCCCAACAACCUCCUUAGGCUACCUGAACAACGGCCGCCUCCCCUUCGAGCAAGCAGACAACCCUGUCAUGAGUGUCAUGGGCUUCUUCGUUUCCCUUGCCGACCCUAGCGUCGCCGCAGCGGCCGCUGGCAAGAGCGUUGAAGAGCUCAAGCGCGGUCUACUCGAGAAGAUCGAGAAAGCUCCAACAACAUCCGAGGCUGCCGCUAAGGGUAAAGAAAAGGAAAUGGAAAAGGAAAAGGGAAAGGAAGCCGACAAGGCUUCUUCAACCCCUGCUGCCGCUAGCUCAAACGUCAAGAAUAAGGACGCAAUGGACGUCGACGAGGCCCCAGGCCCCUCAUCCUCCCCACAACCCACCUCUUCGAAUGCCCUCGCCACUACCACAUCCGCCCCCACCGCACAGCAGGCAUUCACCGCCCUUCCCUUCGCGCUCUCUGCCGCCCGAUCGGCUGGCCUGGCCUCGCACGAGGAACGCUACAUCACGCGCCUCGUGUCUAGCGCUGUGAACCUGCAGCUGCAGAAGCUCUCGCUCAAGCUACAGCAGUUCAACGAGCUGGAAGCUGUUCUGUCGGCCGAGCGCCGCGACCUUGAGCGCCGCCGCCAGCAGUUGUUCCUCGACCGCCUCGCGUUCCAGAAGAGGGUCAAGGGCAUCGAAACGGCUGCGCGCAAGGUCAGCACCGGCCUCGGUGUCGGAGAGCAGGGCACUGGCAUCGCCGGCAACAUGGUCGGCAUUGGUACCAUGGCGCCAGAUGACGCUGUCCGGGAGCUCACCGAGGCCGUGAAGCGGUUUGGUGUUGGCAAGGGCGAGGAAAAGGUGGGCGUGAAGCGGACGGGGGUGGAGGGCGGCGAGGUGCAGCCGGUUAGCGAGGAGACGGGGAGUGGAUACGGGCGGUUGGAGAUAUGA